CCCAAUCCCAACAUACCACACGGCCCGCCGCAUCCGUUGACGGCGGCUGCAGUACGCAGCCGGGAAGGGACAGCCGACUCCGCGCCAGGAUAGCCGCCCCACAGGAAUGGGGCGACGCUGCCGGGCUGGCAGCGAGGCAGUGGCGCCACGGAAGGUGCGAGACCAGCGCCCGCGCCUUGAGCGGCGAGCCCAGGCCGUUGACAUUCACUGUCAGCAGCCGAAGGUUCGCCGCUCCCACUGGUGGCCGCAUUACGAGCCCCCGGCAGCGCCGUGGCGGUUGCGGUUGCUGUUGCUGCUGUGGCGUUUGCGGCGGGGGGCGCCACCCUGGCUGGGGGGCGCGCCGCCGCUGUCCUACCGGCCUAUCACGCUGCUCAACUGCGACUUCAAGAUGGUGUCCAAGGCCGUCAGCGCCCGCCUGCAGCCCGCCCUGGAUGCAGUUGUGGAUGAGCUGCAGACCGCGUUCAUCACCGGCCGCUGGAUUGGUGACAACGCGCUGUACCUCCAAGGCCUGAUCGAAUGGAUGCGCCUGGACGUGGGCGCGGACGGCACGCCACGGCAGGGUGGUGCGCUGUACUUCUUGGACAUUGAAAAGGCGUAUGACCGGGUGCACCGGCAGUGGCUGUAUGCGUCCGCGGAGGGACUUGGGUUUGGGCCGCGCAUGCUGCGCUGGAUCCGCCUGCUCACUGCCAACGGCUCUGCCCGCGUGUGUGUGAAUGGGAUGCUCUCUGACGCCUUCCCAGUGCUGAACGGCUUGCCGCAGGGCAGCACCGCCUCACCACCCCUGUGGGUCAUCCAGAUGCAGCCACUGACGUCCUUUCUGCGGCGGCAGGUGGAGCAAGGGGCACUGCGCACGCCCCUGUUACCCAGCGGCGAGCAGGCGCCACCGGCUGCCCACCACGCUGACGACACGACCCUCACGGCGCGCGACCCGGCGGUGGACGGGCCGGUCCUGAUGGCGGCAGUACAGCUGUUCUGCCGCGCGUCCAACGCCCGUGUCCAUCCGGACAAGAGCAAGGCCAUGGGCCUUGGCAGGUUUGUUGCCAUCUGGACGGCGGGUGGCGCGCUUUGUGAAGUGGAGGAGGUUCAGGGUGGGUCACCGAAGUUGAACUUGCGGCUGACGCUUGCAUCACCUGUGCAGGCCCCCUAGGUUUCCUUUUGGGCGGCGUUUCUUUCCAGGCGCUGGCGUGGCGUAUUAUCGUCAUCAGCUUAUCUGGCGCCCAUGUGUUUUAGCUCUGGCUGGCGUCGCAGCGCCUGGGCGGCUGUGGGACUUCCUGCACAGCGCGUCUUGCAGCGGGCUGGAGCCCGCUUAGUCAGCGCCACAUCUGGCCCGUUUAGUUUUCUGCUUGUGUCUCCUCUGCCGGUUCUCCUGGGGUGUUGCUUAAGCAACCGACUUGUGGUGGUGGGGUGGGUUUGGGCGGGGCGAGUGCGUAGCGCUUGUGUUUCCUUUUCUGGUGCGCGGUGGUGGUGGUUCUUGCGGUUAGGCUGUGGUGUAGGUUGGUGCUUGGGUUUGGUCUGGCGGUGUUUUUGUGCAACCCCUCCCGGGGGGCGGGGGGGCCAGCCUCCUGCUCUGUCUGCCGGGUCGGGGUGGGGUGGGGUGGGAUGGGUGGGGGUGGUUGUUGGCGGUUUUCGAGGUGUUUGCUUUCUGUUUUCUUCUCUUUUCUUCUCUUCUUGCCCUGUCAGGGUUCUGGUCUCGGGGACCAGGCUGCUUUCAGGCAGCAGGGGGGCAGCGCGUCUGCCCCUGUUCAACCUUGUAAGGAUGAUUCCUUAAAAAAAAAAAGGUUUGCGCACCUGACAGGCCCUUGCCCACACACGGGGGUGCCGUUUACCACUGGCGCCGUGACGCACCUGGGUGUGCCCCUGUCGUGGGACUCUGAGGCGGCUGCAGCUGACUUGUACACCCGGCGGGCUCGCGGCAUGGCGUUUGUGGCGCGUCUGUGGGCUGCCCUGUCUCUGACUCUUGUUGGCCGUGUGCACAUUGCUUUCUGUUUUCUUCUCUUUUCUUCUCUUCUUGCCCUGUCAGGGUUCUGGUCUCGGGGACCAGGCUGCUUUCAGGCAGCAGGGGGGCAGCGCGUCUGCCCCUGUUCAACCUUGUAAGGAUGAUUCCUCAAAAAAAAA